CUCAGCUGAUCGCCGAUGACGUCACGAGUUUACCGCAGCAGACGACAUGUGAAGCACGAGAUUCUUCCACCAAUGUCCACAUUGGCGCAUCUCUAGCAGCUUUGUCUCAUCACAAUCAAACAUAAUGCUAAUCACGUAGCACAAAUUGAACCAUAGAAACCAAGCACUUAGAUACAAAUUUCCCAAUAGAUCAUGUACAGCAACGCAUAGAAAAAAUUCAUUCAGGAUAUUUAGGAUAUUUAAUGCUCGGUGCAUAUAUUUCACCUUAAUAUUUUCUCCUUCAUCAAGAAGUACUGCAUUAUUCGCAGCAAAGAGACCAAAAAAAAAACUUCAUUGAACAACUUUUAUUUGGUGAAGAUGACCAGCAGACUUGAAGAAUCGGAGCAGAAAUGGAUCUGCGAGUACUGCACUUACAAGAACUGGCCCUCCUCUUUAAAAUGCACCAUGUGCAGGGGCACUAAACCUCUUCUAAAUGAAGACAUAUACCGUCUUCGGGAUCCUAGUCCUCAAAGAGGCUCCUCCAAUGUCGCUUCCGGUCCUGUGCCCCAAAUAAGCCCUACGGACAACUACAUCUCACAAAAUUAUAGCCAGAAUGUACCCUCUGCGGGGAAGUGGGCCUGUAGCAUGUGCACUUAUCUUAAUUAUCAGAAUACAACGCGUUGCGUUCAGUGCAGCAAUCGUAAGCCAGUCAAUCAAUCCGUCAAUUCGUUAGCCUCGAAUCUGCACGAACAUUUAGCACCGCUACGAUUAGCCGAUGGGCCGCCAAACUCGGGCUCGAAUUCUCAAUUGAAUUCUUCGCCAAUCAAUCUCCAUCCGGAAAGGUUGUAUAAUAUGCAUCCAGAAAAAUGGUCCUGUCACGUGUGUACUUAUGAGAACUGGCCCAAAGCGACUAAAUGCAUCAUGUGCGGUCAUCCAAAGGAGAAGGAUAGAAGGGAUAAGGGUACGCAAGGAAAUGUAGGAGUGAUUUUACCGAGUCCCGAGAGGGAGCAUAGUCAACGGAGCCUGCCAUCACCUCCGUUGCACGCGUCCUAUAUUCAUCAGACACAGAGAGAGGAUAAUUUAGCGAUAGGAAGAAGAGGUUCACAUAGGUAUGCAGAUAGUCGAAAUGACAGCCUGUCGACCCCUCAGUCCCCGAAUAACUGUGAUUACGAGCGCCGAUUGAAGCAACUGAGACGUCACACCGAUUGGUGUUGGCUCAAUGCUUGUCUCGGUAUUGUCGAAGGUGACAACACUCCCGUCGAAGCUUACCUGGCGAGCGGAGGCGAUCCCGCCCGCCAAUUGACGCAUUCUGAGGUCUUGCUCCUCAAUAGAAGCAGCGCGUUUGACGUCGGCCACACUUUAGUGCACUUGGCUAUUAGGUUUCAAAGAGAAGAUAUUUUAGCAACAUUGCUGUCACAAAUCGAGGGUUCAGGCUCGGGAGUAAAGAGGGUACCGAGCUACGUAGCGCCAGAUCUUGCGGUGCAGAUUCGUCGACAUGUCACCAAUAGUAUACGCUUACGCAAAGGUUCCUUUCCCUGUUAUUUCGUCACUGACAUGGCCACUUUCGCGCUGCCAGCUGAGGUCGAAGACUUACCGAGUAUCGUGCAAGAGCAGAUGCUGGAGGAAUUGUUAGACAAAGAAGCUCAACAGCAACUAGAGGGUGGUGGCGGUGAACCGCCAGCCCUAAAUUGGUCCUUAGAAAUUACUGAACGAUUAGGCAGUCGUUUACAUGCACUUUGGAAUCGAUCAGCCGGAGACUGCCUCCUAGAUUCCGCCAUGCAGGCAACCUGGGGUGUUUUCGAUAGGGACAAUGCUCUGAGAAGAGCGCUCGCUGACACCUUGCAACAAGCCGGACAAUUCUUUUAUCCUCGUUGGAGAGAAUAUGAAGCCUCGCAGGCAGCUAGAAUGUUAGAUUUUACUUUAGAAGAGACACAAUGGCAAGAAGACUGGGGUUUAUUGGCAACGGCCGCUCAACCUGGAAGUGCGUUAGAACAAUUGCAUGUAUUUGCUCUUGCCCAUAUUUUAAGACGACCUAUUAUCGUCUACGGAGUUAAAUAUGUUAAGAGCUUUCGCGGUGAAGAUAUAGGCUAUGCGAGAUUCGAAGGUGUCUAUCUUCCGUUGCUCUGGGAACCUUCGUUUUGCAUUCGUUCACCGAUCGCCUUAGGUUACACUCGCGGCCACUUCACGGCAUUGGUGCCAAUUGAACCGUACACCUCGUCCAGAAUACCAGCCCUAGCGUCCCAUGGGGUGGUUAGCAGCAACAACAGCUCGCUCGAACAAAUGCAGAUUCAGAUGCAAACCACUUUCAUGCCGCUAAUGGACCGCGAGCAUAAACUCUUACCGAUACAUUUUCUUACGGCGGAUGAAAUCGGCCGCGAGGAAUCCAUCUACAAGGAGUGGUUGGACGUGUGCAGGACCGAGGGUGGAAUUCUUGUCGCGCAUCAGAAGCUUCAUAAAAGACCACUCCUCGUUGCGCAAAUGUUAGAGGAAUGGUUGAAUCAUUAUCGUAGAUUAGCUCAAACCAACGAAGCACCCUUUUCAAGACCACCCAUUCUGCAGGAUUACAGCAGCGAUGGUGAUACUGAAGAUGAGUAGUAUGGUAAUCCUAAGAAAGAAGUAUUGCGACUGACAUGAGAAGCAUCUCUGUUCUCACAAGUUUACUCUUGGCUGAAAAUUUUAAAAUAGCUAGAGUUAUAUAAAAUGUAAACUAUAAUACACGUGAAUUCUGUACUUUAUGGAUAACUCGAUACAGAGAAACUACUACGUCCAUACAUAUUCACUGGCAAUGUACUAUUUAAAAAAGUUGAAAGCUCUGUUAUAUUGCUAUUAAUCGCCGUGCGAGUAAAAUUGUGUGAAAUUUGAAUUUAGAUUUGUGAACUGUUCUGAAUGCUUUAAAAUUAAUUAUUCAAAAAUUAAUUAAUUAUUGACAUAAU